GACGCGGAAGUGAUCAACACAUCGCUAAGCAGAGAUCAAGUGUGAGUGUAAAGUGUUGUGAUUGUGUGAAAAUGUGUAAAGUACAAAUGCUGAGAGCGUUGGUGAAUCAGCGACUAAUUGCGGCUGUUGAAGAAAUAUUUGUAUUGUUGGAAAGAACGAUAGCAGAGUACGAGGAGGAACUUUCUCGAACAAAAGAAGAGAACCAGCGACAACGUCAACUACUGGACGCUGUUUUCAAGAAGCAUAAAGUUGUGUUACACAGAGCCGAUGUCACUGAAGAACAUCUUACCCAUGAGCAGCUGGAGUGGAGCUCCAGGAUGGAGCAGAAGGAGCCACAGCCCCCCCACAUUAAGGAGGAAGAAGAGGAUCACAGCAUCAGUCAGCGGGGAGAGCAUCACGGAAGACUGGAGGUGUUCCCAGUGAUUGGUGUCCCUGUGAAGAGUGAAGAUGAUGAAGACAAAGGUGAAAGUGAGGAGAAGAGAGAGGUGGAGCCUCCAAGCAGCAGCUCAACUCAACACAUGACAACAGAAGCUGAUAGAGACCACUGUGGAGGAUCACAAGCAGACAACCUCUUAGCUCCACUAUCAGAUAGUGACGACACGACGUCACACUCUCCUGACACUGAUGAUGAAGACUCUAAAGCUGAUAUGACAUGUCACACUGACCACACACACUUUAAAUGCUCUCAGUGUGACAAAACUUUUUAUGACCGUAGUACUCUGAGAAGACACAUGAGACUACACACAGGAGAGAAACCAUUCAUGUGCUCAGUAUGUAAUAAAAGGUUCUCCCAAAAGGCACAUUUGACAGCACACACACCAAUACACACUGGAGAGAAACCUUUUGCCUGUUCUGUGUGUGGUAUGAGUUUUGGACUAAAUCACCGUUUGAAAACACACAUGAGAAUACACACUGGAGAGAAACCUUUUACAUGUUCAGUCUGUGGCGUAGGUUUUGCACAAAAUGAAAAUUUGGUAACACACAUGAGAGUACACACUGGAGAGAAACCUUUUACUUGUUCAGUCUGUGGUACAGGCUUUGCACAAAAUCAGAAUUUGAAAAGACACAUGAGAAUACACACUGGUGAGAAAGUGUUGAGUUGCAGUGUGUGUGGUGAAAGAUUCUCUUAUAAGUACCAGCUUAACAAUCACAAGUGUGCUGGUGAGAGCAGCAGCAGUAAAUGAAGUUGCAGGAUUUGAAAUAAACUGUCAAGUCAAGACUUUGAUAACUUUGACUUUCUAACAACAUCACCACAUAUAACGUGUGACAUAAUUACUGUAGAACCCAAUCUUGUUAAUAUGUUUCUACCAUUUAAAUGUAUGUGUGCCCUGUGAUUGGCUCGCGACCAUUAGAGGGCGUAAUCCUC